GACGAAGUUGAGCUUUGGGUGGUAUAACUGCCAAGUUGAUGGACUGUAAAAUGGACCAGAUGAAUCAAGUGGUGAUUGUGAGCCGCUGUAAUGAGAGAGUAUUUGGGGAAGAACAAUGGCUUACACUAAGAACAAAGUUAGCAACUUGGAGGGGUAAUAUUGCAAAUGUUAUCAGCACCAUUCGAGCUAACAGGAUGGCUGACGAUGGGUCACAGGCAGUGCACUUGACUGACUUAUGGGAGGUUGAACGAAAUUGUUAUGGAUUCCCCGUUAUUUUGGAAUUGGAUCAAAUGUUUCGAAAAUGUUAUAACAUUGUACUCUUGUGAAAUGAGCUUAUAUUGGUAGUGACUUCUGUUGCGUUUAACAGGAAAAUUCUCUUCGUCUGGAAAUUGUAAUGGAGCAUAUUCCAGCCCCAGGUGAUAUUUCUUGACCCGAUAGUCUACCCUUUUUAUAGUUCUUUCCACAAGAUUUGGAUCCAUCAUUCCUACCCAAUUAGGGAUGGUAUGAAACUGCUUUUGUAAGCGGCUUUGUUGAUAAGUGCUUUUAU